AUGACUUUUCUCCGAACCCUGGCGCCGCUCGCGGCCCUUUCGACGGGCGCCCUGGCUGGUCCCAAGAGCUGCCCGAGCGACACGCCUCUGUCGUGCCACAACAACACCAUCGUCGCCGACACGUGCUGCUUCAUCCCCGCCGGCCAGCUUCUGCUGACUCAGUUCUGGGAUGCUCGACCGGCGACGGGGCCGUCUGAUUCUUGGACGAUCCAUGGCUUGUGGCCAGACCACUGCGACGGCACCUAUCCGGCCAAGUGCGACCCGUCUCGCGAGUACGACGACAUCGGCAGCCUCGUGUCGGAGCAGACGCUGGCGUACAUGAACAAGUACUGGAAGGACAACCGCGGCGACGACGAGAGCUUCUGGCAGCACGAAUGGAACAAGCACGGAACCUGCGUCAGCACGCUGGAGCCCCGAUGCUACGGCGACUACCAGCCGAAGGAGGAGGUGGGCGCUUACUUUGACAGAACCGUGGCCCUCUUCAAGACGCUGCCGACGUACGAGUGGCUCGCCGAGGCGGGCAUCAAGCCUUCGGCCAGCAAGAAAUACGACAUUGACGCCAUCCAGGAGGUGCUCGAGAGGAAGCACGGGGCCAAGGUGACGCUGGGCUGCAAGGGCAAGGUCCUGAACGAGGUCUGGUACCACUUCAACGUCCGCGGUUCGCUGCAGGAGGGCAAGUUCGUGGCGGCGAUGCCCGACGGGACCAAGAGCACGUGUCCGCCGCGAGUGCAGUACGAGCCCAAGGGGCGGCGCCGAAGCAUCCGCGCGCCCGAGCUGGACGAAAUUCACGCCUAG